AUGUCAUCCACUCACAAGAGCGUGAAGCCCCCCGCUUGCGACUCUUGCAAGGCCAAACGUGUCCUUUGCCAUGCUCAGACAGACGGAAAGCCCUGUCCCCGCUGCGUCGAGAAGAAGAUUCUGUGCAAAACAACUUAUGUUCCUCGGGGACGGCCCAGGAAACCUACACCAACCGAAACCUCAGAAACUUCUUCAGUAGCCCUUAUUCCAGCCAGCAGCAGUAGAGUAACUGGUCUUCUGACCAAUCCAGAUCUCGUUAAGCAUCUGUUCAAAUGCGUCACCAAACUUCCAUUCCACACCCAUCCGCUAUUCCGGGAGCUCGACCUCGAGAAAACUGUUGCCGCGGCUUCAUGGCGCCUAGACCUCCUCCAACCGCAUGCCUUCGUUCUUGCGCAUUGCAUAUGCGCCAUUGCCGCCACUAUUGCCUUCCAUCCAGACAUCCUCGGUGUUGACAUUGACCUCCCCAACUCGCUUUUUGACCCCAAACACUUCUAUUUGGGUGCUGAUCUUCGACCUUAUGGUGCCCGCCGCGCUCAAGCGUGCAGACUGCUUCACGAGGCAGCGAUACGUGUCGCAGGAGAUGCUCGCAUUCACCUUGAAACCUCUGAGUAUAAUACCUUGUCCUGUUUUAUACUGGACAGCCUGGAAGAAGAUGUUGAAUCGAGUUCACGUCCAUGGGCUGCGAGUUACAUGUCUCACGUUCGGACACUGAUGGCCUCAUGGCCAGACACCCUGCCAAAUCGCGGUCAUUGGUCGGGCUACAUUAUGGGAGAGGCGCUUCGAGCGGUCAUGCAUCGCAAACCUGUUACCAUAACGUACGCCGAUCAGCUCUGGGUAUUACAAGGCCCGCCGCCCUCGCUCGAAUCUGUCCUCGAAUCAUCGCAGAAAGAGCUGGCUACUCUGAAGCAUCCUGCAUACUUUUGCUUUCGAUGCAUUGAACCGUGUACAGAAAAUUCGCCUUCCCUACGUUAUGAUAACUCACGGGACGGUCUAGUUCUCUUCCACACCAUUACCCUUUGCCGCAACUUUUACGAGAAGAUCUCUGGUGAUUUCGCUCGCCGGCGCCCACUAUCCGAACUCGCCUUGCGCGAUACGCUUGAAACACUCACCACAAUGCAUGCUCUGAUCACCUUCUGCUUCGCGAAGGUCGACUUCCCAGACCCCCUUUCAUUGCGACAAGCACCAGAAUUGUUGAGGACAGCAAAUCGACCAGAGACAUCGGCGCAUGUUCGUAUAUGUGCAUCUGGAAUGUGUCUUAUACUCGUGGGACUCGUGAUCACGGUCCACAACGAGCUCGAGAAGAGAGACAAUGAAGCAAGAUUGUCUUCAACUAGUACUGUCAACGGCAUCUCGUCGUCGACGGCAGAAGAACAACCUUCAUCACGGCCCGGCCCAUCCCCCUGGAGCUCUGCGCGGAUUGCUUUCCUUCGCUCACAAGCGCGUGAUCUUGCUCUGAGUGUCUUGCCGGACUUGCGCCGAGUCCUGACACUCCAGGAGUUUGCCAUUUACGGAUAUGCGGGGAGGAUAGCAAAUCUCCUGCGCUGGGCGGAAUUCUGUCUCCAGGAGGCGGAUCAGAGGGGAGGUAUAUUGGGUGUUGGGAUGGCCAUAGGGGACCACGGAGCAGCAGACACUGCACAAACCUACGAACGCAUUUUCUUCGAGCUCAAGGGCAUCGGCUUCUCACAUGCAGGGCCGCAGCUUGAUAUGCUGAUUGAGCGAAUGGAGGUACAUUUGGCGAUGUUUCGUGGAAGUCGCCCUUCUGAAACUAUGGAGUCUUCGUCUCGUAUGACCUUUGAGGAGCAUAUGGCCCCGUUUUCGUCAGACACGGAUGUGGCGAUGAUGCCGCCGGAGAUGACCUUCCUGUUGGAUGGCUUGUGGCUGGUGCCAGGGUUUCAAGUAGAGAUAUAG